GGAAGAAAAACAAGGUCACAGUUGAAUGAAGAGUUAUCACCAACAUCACAGAGAAUGAAAAGUCACAACUUCCGAAUCAAAAACAGGCUUUCUUUUUUAAAUGAAUGCUUAUGACGAUAUUUACUUCUAAACUUUUCUGUUGAGGAAUGCUUUUCAAUCUACUUACCUCUAGAGAAGCCUAUGCUUAUAGCCCGAUUUAAUCAAAGAUAUGAAAUUCAAGAUGAUACAUAUUUAAAAAGACUAAUUUUAAGGUGUUGCUUCCUUUAAUAAUUAUGGUGCCACUCUGACUCCUUUUUGGCUAAUAAAAUCUAUGCUGUUCAAGCCAAGUAGCUUACUGAAAAAACUUAAUUAUUUCUUCUUAUCCUUUUCUACAUUUUUUUCUAGCACAGACCAUGACAUUCAGCUCCAAUAAUGGAUGUCCCAGUAUGCUCUCAAUCCAAACAAAUGCCUGACUACAAUAAUAAACAGAUUAUGUAAUCUGAAAUAAAUAGGUUUCUAUCCUCUAUUUAUAUGUAAAAAUUGAAGUCGACACUUGGUUUCUUCGAAGCAAGUGGAUACAAAAUCUUGUAAAACCACUUUACUGAUCUAACCUGCCAAACAGGACACCCAAUAUUUAUACUCUGACAAAACAGUAUCACCUUAACAGUUUUACCUAUCUCUUCAUUUGCAGUUUUUCUUCUUUCUUCAGACCAAGCAGGUAGAAUUUUGAUAGCCUACAAUGUAGAUUUCUACAACAGCAAAUUCUUAGGUAAAUACUAAGAUCUAAGUCAUCAUUGUCUAAGAUUUUAUAGAUUUUGAGCACGUUUCAAGCGGCCACUAAGAAAGCUGACGUACCAUUUCCUUCUCCUUGGCAACAGAAACUACUCUUUCAACUGAAAAGGAAAAUUGAACACUCAGUUCUCCACAUCCCCAUCAACUUAAACUAUCCUAAACCAGAUGAUUUAGGCAGGAUCCUAAACUAGUAGAUAACUAAAUCUUGCCUAGAUGCCAAGCUGACCUUUCCGAAGUUUCCCUGAGUACAGAGAACAAGCAAAGACAAGGGCACCUCCUUCCCACUUACAGCUUCCAUUCAACUCCCAAGGUUUCAAGAAGGAAAAAGAUCUUCUUAUGAAAAGGAUGGAGGGCCCUAUGGCAAGACUGGGAAGAAAGUUAAUAUAUAUUUUUUAAGAUUGUGGAGGUGUGCACUAUGUUCACUUUAUUAUGAAGGGCAAAAGGAAGAACAUAGAGUAUAUCUUUUGAAGUAGAUAAUAUCACUAUGAGUAAAAUCUAGGCCUUAGAUUCUAUGGAAAACAAUCUAUUUAAUGGUUAGAUGAGACUUAACAGAAGGUCUCCAAAAGUUGAGAAGACAUGGAACAGGGCGUUUCCUCCUGUAUUGUUAAAGGGAGGAUGAAUUAGAAAAGUUAGGAGUUCUUUUUCUAUUGUCAGUCGGCAGAGACUGUUUUGCUGAAUCAUGCGAAAGGAACUAGUUUUAAGCCAGUUCACGUCCUUCCCUCCCUCAGAAGUGAAACUCCAGUUUACCUCGUGGCUACAAGUAGGAUAAACUCCAAGAAUGUCUCACCUUGGCCUUCCUUUCCCUCUAAGUCUUCCUACUGCUGCACUUAAGAGUAAUUCAGUGACAUUCUCCCAUUUUCUUUCUUACCCAUUUUCAAAAGACAAAAGGUUUCCUCCUUCAAGAGAAUGGUUCCCAUUUACUAAGCCCCAGAAGACCCCAGAAAACACAUAUUUUGCAUAGUGAAGAUGUGCUAUGAAGAAGCUACUUCUACCACUUACAGAAACAGUGAUAAGGUCCAGUAAACUCACCCAAGGUAGCACCCAACCUCUCUAGUUGUUUACAAUGAUCAGGGGUAAGGUAGAGAAAGAUAUUUUAAUUUUUUCUCCUCAAAAAUACCUGGAUCAAAAAUUGACAGUCUGACUUGGGAUCAUAUACAGAAUAGAGUUUGGAAAAAUCAGGCAAAAAUCCACGUCAUAAACAUAUAAAAGGCUCAAACUUCUCUUCCUGGUAAGGUAGGGAAUACUACGCCUGAUCCUAGGCAGACUUGUCUAUUAGUUAAUAAAUGCAGAUAUUUUUAUCGUGUUCCUAACUAUGGCUGAUAAAGUACCACUUUUGAUCAAAUCUAGAUGGAUCUAGAGGCUAAUAAACAUUAACGAAACCCCAAAAACGUAUGGUUAGCUUAAAAAGCGACAACAUUUCUAAUUGUUGGAACAGUAAAUACGUUUUAUGCUAAUAUUUAAUCUACACAAGCUAAGAGUUCUGGAAAUAGUUUAUGUUUCAUGGGGGUGAGGGCUGCAGCCAGAAAUGGGAAGGAACACAACUCUAAAAAUCCCAAGGAUUACUGGAGAAAUACUACUACCUAGAUCCUAAGUAUAAGACUGGCCAUAAGCUGUAUUUCUAAAGUAUUUUUCUGCGUUCAAGGUUUGAAUAUUCCAUUUUUCAACCUUUUUCUGUCCUAGUCCUAUCUUUCACAAAGCUUUUUCCUCUAUUCAGUGGCUAGAAAAGGGACGUAAGAGGUUGUAAAGGUCCAGGUAGGCACAUGAUGUGUAAGAAUCUCUCCCUGGUUCUCUGCACAGCCCUGUCCAAUCAUUGAUUAAUAUCAUAAGCCUCUCUCUUUGUCUCCCUGGAUACUGUACAUAAAAAGGAUAUAAACUGGGGAAGAACUGUCGUCAAACCUCGGAGCCCCACAGUGUAGUGGGACCACUAGAACUCCAGAACCAUAAUAUAACUAGACAUGCCUGGAAUGCUUCUGAUGAAAACUAAGCAACUUCCAGUUUGCUAAUCCAGGAGCCGCCAAAAAAAAAAAAAAAAAGGCAACACUGAUUCACUACUCCUAUUCAUAAUGGCAAAACUGCCAAGUCAGAUCACAGGUCAUCAAUUUGGCUAUCAUCAGCAAGCUUAUGUGCUGGAAGCAAGGCAGAAAGUGGAGAGGACAGUGAGGCGCAAGCCACUGGGAAACAAAAGAGUCUCAAAGUUGGGGAGUACACGUGUCCUGGAGCCUGGAACGGCCAUCACUAGCAAGAAUAGGCUACUACAGCUGAACGGCGUCAGAAAGUCCUUCCCUCUAAGCGUUGCAAGUUCUGGAAUCUCUGAAGGCACACCUACACAGAGUGUUCUUGGCUCUUCCUAAAGCUGUUAUCAAAUCAUAUCUUGGUCAUUGAAGGAGGGUCUGGACAAAAAGUCUUUCGGCCACCUAUUAGGCAGCUAGUGGUUUUAAAUUUCACAUUUUGUGCCCAGAAGCCUGCAAAUACCCUGCACCCUCAGAUAAUACGUUGGCCUUCCUGUAACAUAUAGCCAGCGGCUGUGUCCUCCGACUUUGGCGUCAGACACCCAUCCUCCCUAGGGAGCAAAUUCCAGAACGGAGGGUGGGAGGGAGGGCGGUGCGACCCUGGGCACUAGACCGGGGAAUUGAUCGCCAAUGCCGACCCGCCCCUGCGUCCUCGGCCUGACCACGCUACCUGCAGUUUACUAAGACGAGUUCAACGGAUAACAAACCCUCCCACGGGCAUGUGAGCGUCUGAAGUCCUGACUGUCCCAGCCAGCCCAGCCACGAUGAGCUGUCUAAGAGGAUGUGGUAAGACCCAGAAGUAUGGGUGACCUUAUGUCAGAGGAAGUGGUUUUCUUAUUGCAGCAAAAAUUCCCGUACCAACGUCAGUGCUAGGGUAAUGUAACUAAACUUUUAUUUAUUUUUAUUCUGCCCUCCCCUUUCUGUUUGUUAUGAACCAUAAAAUAUUCAACACAAUUAUCUUGAAAUCUAAAUAUAAAAUUUAAAACAUACUCAUUGAGACCUACUGUGUGCAGGUCAACUCUGUCGCCCAGGGAGGUGGGCGGCUUAGAUUCAUUUAUUUGCUAUGAGCCAAGUACAAGGUAGAUAAAAUGCCUGUCCUCUUGGAGCUUUCCUUCGUGUGAAGGGAAACCGGUGACAGACAAUAAGCACACCGAAAUGACCAAAAUAUGUUAGAAAGCAAUCAGUCCUAUUCCUAGAACUAAAAUAGGGUUAUGUGCUUAGAGGGUGACUGGGGGGCUGCUUUGUUUUGGGUGGUCUGGUCUGGGAAAGCCACCAGGAUAAUGCAGGUAAACUAGUCAGCUCACGGUAGGUGCUCUGGAAAUGGUAGCUAUUGUUUGGAUGAUGAUACUGGUUCGUGCAAUGACUCUUGCUUUGCCUACUGUGUGCUGGGACACUGUGCUAGGCUGUACAAUGGAGAGACACAGUUCCUGCUCUUACAAGGAAGGCAUAUUUAUAUGCAAUUAUAAUAAAAUAUAGGGUAAAUUUUGAUGGGGGAAGGUGUAAGUGAUUGGAGUUCAGAGAUGAGAAAAAUCCUCUGGAUGGGGCUGGCAGGCUUACUAAGGCAGAGACAUGGCAGUGUUGGGAGUAGUGACUCACAUACUGUGAUUUGCGUUUUGAUCACAGCGAUGUGUUUGUGUGUGCACGGUAAUCAUAUUUACCCAGUUCUUCACUGACCCAGGAAUUGCAGUAAGAUUACUGGUAAAAAUUUCCAGCCACUCCAGAAAACCAUUUAAAACUAAUGUAAUUUAAUCUCUUAUUUGGCUCCGAGCUUUAACAGCUCCUUGUUUUAACUCCCUUUGUAGGGGAGAAAGAGAAUAAUUGGGAAAGAAGAGUAGUUUGGCCUAAGGCACUAUUAACAAUGUGUUGUGGAAAUAAGCUAGAAAACACAAUACUCUAUAAAUAUGGAGAACGAAUACAGAAACAGAUUAUUGAUGUCUGUCAAAGGCAUAAUUAUAUAAUUGUCUGUUGUAAAUUAAGCAAAGAUAAUAAAAUACUCAUUAAAACUUAACAGCGCCAGAAGCUGUACACUGGCAAUGCUCCUUCACUCUGUGAACUUGUUUGCUUUAGACUUUGGAGCAUUUUAAAUUCUUUUGAAUUAACUGUCAGCAUUUUGAAAACAUGAUUUUUCAUAAAAAUAUCUGGAUUUUUGUCUCCUGAAAGGUCAGAAGAUCUAGCAACACAGCAACACUAGGCCCAUGUUCCACUUGGCAAACCGUGGCUGCUGAGUAGCCCUCUUAGAGAGCAUAUGUUCUCUGUUACUCGGAAGGUCCUCUGCCAAUUACUGACAUUAGAGUGGAAUUGGGAGGAAAAACAAAUAGUUCUUGCAUCCCUAUCUGUCAAAACUGUGCAAAUGAAAGCUUAACUAAGGGCUGUAUGUUUCAAGGAAAAAACAAGCAUGUUUGUUUGUGAAAGUAGAGAAUGUUCCGUGAACUUAAUGUGCAAACAAAGUCAGAAGAACACUGUUCUGCCUGGCCUUCGUAGGUAAUUGAGUUUAGCAUCUGACUUAUACAGAAGGUAGGUGCUCUGUGGACGGGGCCCCAUUCCAGAGGGGAAAUUUUAAAGCUAUUUUCCUGAGGGUCAGUGAGAAGUAUAAUGGGAAAGGAAGAAAGGAGGAAGGAUAGGGGAGAUAUUCCAGGGAAAGACCGGAGUGUGGAAAAGGAGAACUUGACUAAGAAAGGAUUUACUUUCCUUAGAGAGAAGGUGGAGGCUGUCAUAUCAGAAAAAAUGUUUUCAGACAGCUGUAAGGGUUAGAGAGAACCUUGAAGUCCUUACAGUGAUCUGAGGGACAGGAAAGAAGGGAUUUCAGGGAUUUUCAGAGGGCUGUGACUCUGGGAUGACUCACCUCUUCUGUCCUUACUGCUUUGACAGAAGAAUAAGAUGAACAGAUUGGCAAUGGACAUUUGGAAAAACAGCUGUGCACUAUAAUGCCUAUCUCUCUCACCAGAUUGUGAACUCCUAAAGGUUUGAGUAUAUUUUGUUAAUGAAUAUUUGUGACCUUUUAGAUAUAGUGGGCAUGAGGACUACGUUGUACAAAGUAUUAGAGAAACAUUUGGUUGCCUUCCUGCAGCCGUAACAGCAACAUUUCUUGUUUGUCCACAGCUGGCAGUAAAAGAACCAGAUGUCUCUAGUUAUACAGUCAUGUGAUACAACAUUACUACGUAUACUACAGUGGUCCCGUAAGAUGAUAAUGGUGCUGAAAAAUUCCUAUCGCAUAGUGACGUGUUGAGGAUCCUGACCCUGUGAAGCCCUAGGCUGAUGUUAUGAAAGUUUUCAAGACGCCUACAAGUGGAAAAUGCACUCCUCCCAGCCAAAUCAAGCUUUGCCAGAUUCCUUACAGCUGUGUGCAGUGAAAUGACUAAUGAAAGAGCCCUCCGCUGCUGGUGGAACUUUCACAUAUGGCACUGCUGUGCCACUCAGCAGGACCUGACCCUGAUUGUGAAGAUGGAAAGGGUCCAACCCCUGGAAGAGAAUGUGGGAAAUGCAGCCAGGCCAAGAUUCGAGAGGAACAAGCUAUUGCUGGUGGCCUCUGUAAUUCAGGGACUGGGGCUGCUCCUGUGCUUCAUCUACAUCUGCCUGCACUUCUCUGCUCUUCAGGUACCACAUCAGUAUCCUCGAAUUCAAAGUAUCAAAGUACAAUUUACUGAAUAUAAGAAGGAGGAGGGUUUCAUCCUCACUUCACAAAAGGAGGAUGAAAUCAUGAAGGUGCAGAACAACUCGGUUAUCAUCAACUGUGAUGGGUUUUAUCUCAUCUCCCUGAAGGGCUACUUCUCCCAGGAAGUCAACAUCAGCCUUCAUUACCAGAAGGAUGAGGAGCCCCUCUUCCAACUGAAGAAGGUCAGGUCUGUCAACUCCUUGAUGGUGGCUUCUCUGACUUACAAAGACAAAGUCUACUUGAAUGUGACCACUGACAAUACCUCCCUGGAUGACUUCCAUGUGAAUGGUGGAGAACUGAUUCUUAUCCAUCAAAAUCCUGGUGAAUUCUGCGUCCUCUGAGGGGCUGAUGGCAACGUCUAAAACCAGGCACCAGCAUGAACACCAAGUUGGGGGUGGACAGGACAUGGAUUCUUCAUUGCAAGUGAAGGAGCCUCCCAGCUCAGCCACAUGGGAUGUGACAAGAAGCAGAUCCCAGCCCUCCCGCCCCCACCCCUCAGGGAUAUUUAAAACUUAUUUUAUAUACCGCUUAAUCUUAUUUAUCCUUAUAUUUUCUAAAUUGCCUAGCCCUCACACCCCAAGAUUGCCUUGAGCCUACUAGGCACCUUUGUGAGAAAGAAAAAAUAGAUGCCUCUUCUUCAAGACGCAUUGUUUCUAUUGGUCAGGCAAUUGUCAUAAUAAACUUAUGUCACUGAAAACGGUACCUGACUACCAUUUGCUGGAAAUCUGACAUGUGUGUGGCAUUAUCAAAAUGAAGAGGAGCAAGGAGUGAAGGAGUGGGAUUAUGAAUCUGCCAAAGGUGGUAUGAACCAACCCCUGGAAGCCAAAGCGGCCUCUCCAAGGUUAAAUUGGUUUCAGUUUGCAUAUUGCCUAAAUUUAAACUUUUUCGUUUGGUGGGGGUUCAAAAGAAGAAUCAGCUUGUGAAAAAUCAGGACUUGAAGAGAGCCGUCUAAGAAAUACCACGAGCUUUUUUUCUUUACCAUUUUGCUUUCCCAGCCUCCAAACAUAGUUAAUAGAAAUUUCCCUUCAAAGAACUGUCCAGGGAUGUGAUGCUGUGAAGAAUCUAAUCAGUGACUUAAGAGAGAUUUUCUUCUAUACAGGGAGAGUGAGCUAACUUAUUGUGAAGGGUUAACUUUACUGUACAGGAUAGCAGGGAACUGGACAUCUCAGGGUAAAAGUCAGUACAGAUUUUAAUAGUCUGGGGAGGAAAACACAUUCUUUGCCACAGACAGGCAAAGCAACACAUGCUCAUCCUCCUGCCUAUGCUGAGAUACACACUCAGCUCCAUGUCUUUUACACACAUACACAUUGCUGGUUUCAAGAAAUGAGGUGAUCUUAUUAUCAAAUUCAAUUUGAUAUCAAAUGUCAAAUAGCACUAAGAAGUUAUUGUGCCUUAUGAAAAAUAAUGAUCUCUGUCUAGAAAUACCAUAGACCACAUAUAGUCUCACAUUGAUAACUGAAACUAGAAGGGUCUAUAAUCAGCCAAUGCCAGGGCUUCAAUGGAAUAGGAUCCCCUUAUGUUUAGUUGAAAUGUCCCCUUGACUUGAUAUAAUGUGUUAUGCUUAUGACGCUGUGGAUAAUCUGAUUUUUCGUGUCAACUUUCCAGAUGAUUUGUAACUUCUCUGUGCCAAAACUUUUACAAACAUAAAUUUUUGAGAUAUAUAUAUUUAAAUUGUAGCAAAUGUUUCCCUGACAUUUUAAAUAGAGGAUACAACAUAUCACAGAAUCUUUCUGGGUGAUUCUGUGUUAUCAAGGACUUGUACUGUGCUACAAUUGUCUGUAGAAUCUCCAGAAAGGUGGAGGGCUGUUCGCCCUUACACUAAACGGUCUCAGUUGGAUUUUUUUUUCCCCUUGUUUUCUAUUUCCUCUUAAGUAUAUCUUCAACUAUAUUCCCAUCCCUCUAUUUUAAUCUGUUAUGAAGGAAGGUGAAUAAAAUGCUAAAUAGAAGAAAUUGUAUGUAAGGUAAGAGGAAUCAAGUUCUGAGUGACUGCCAGGGCACUCAUAGAAUUAUAAUCAUAGCUAAAUAUCUAUGGAGGGCCUACUGUGGACCAGGCACUGGGUUAAAUACUUACAUUUACAAGAAUCAUUCCGAGACAGAUAUUCAGUGAUAUCUGGCUUCACUACUCAGAAGAUUGUGUGUGUGUGUGUGUGUGUGUGUGUGUGUGUAGUUCACUUUUUGUUAUUGACAAUGUUCCGCAAAAUUGCAGUUACUCAGUGAGUUAUAUCCAACAAAGUAAAUGUUUAUGACUAUAGGUAAUAUUUAAGAAAAUGCCUGGUUCAUUUUUUAAGUUUGGAAUUUUUGUCUAUAUUUCUCAUGGAUGUGCAGUGCACAUGCCAGGCCUAAAUAUAAUUGUCGUGUGCGUUGUUUGUGCUUGACGUCAUGGUCCCCUCUCAUAGGUGCUCACUCCCUUUGGGUGCACCUGGCCGGCUCUUCCCAUGCUGGCCUCUUCAACCACACAGGGAUAUUUCUGCUAUGCACCAGCCUCACUCUACCUUCCUUCCAUCAAAAAUAUGUGUUGUGUGUCUCAGUCCUUUUAAGUCAUGUCCUUCACAGGGAGAAUUACCCCUUCUAUAUACACGGCAGAGUUUUGUGGAAAGAGAAUUGAAAAGUCACAAGAUCAGAAUUUUAAAUUUGACUUAGCCACUAACUAGCCAAGUAACCUUGGGAAAGUCAUUUCCCAUUUCUGGGUCUUGCUUUUCUUUCUGUUGAAUGAGAGGAAUGUUAAAUAUCUAACAGUUUAGAAUCUUAUGCUUACAGUGUUAGCUGUGAAUGCACAUAUUAAAUGUCUAUGUUCUUGUUGCUAUGAGUCAAGGAGUGUAACCUUCUCCUUUACUAUGUUGAAUGUAUUUUUUUCCGGACAAGCUUAGAUCUUCCCUCAGACAUCUUUGUGAGUCCUUCAAGAGCAGUUAUCAAUUGUUACUUAGAGAUUUUCUAUUUAGAAAAUGCUUAAGGGAUUCCAAUCCCAAUCCAAAUCAUAAUUUGUUCUUAAGUAUACUGGGCAGGUCCCCUAUUUUAAGCCAUAAUUUUGUAUUUAGUGCUUUCCUGGCUCUCAGAGAGUAUUAAUAUUGAUAUUAAUAAUAUAGUUAAUAGUAAUAUUGCUAUUUACAUGGAAACAAAUAAAAGAUCUCAGAAUUCACUA